GGCGGUAAUGUGCAUAUUGAAAGCCACAAAACGGACUUCAGUGCAUCCGCAAAGCCACGCAUAGAUGCCAGAAGUGACCAUAAGCGUUCACAAUCCGCAAAAAAGAUAACCACACAGAAAUUGGAGUGGAAAGCGCAACCAAAAGUGGGCUCACUCGCAAACGUAACACAUCAGCCACCUGGUGGAAACGUUAAGGUAUUGUUGAAUUUUCAUGACGUACGCGACAAUAAACACGAUGAUUAA